AUGAUGCAACGGAGAUUCCAACAGUGCUCCUGCCGCGUCAAGCUCUACGCGCAUCAGAAGAACAGAAAGAAGGAACAUAGUAAGCGAAAACGGCAGGCCUUUGUGUACAACACGGAGGAAGAGAUUUGGCACGAGCCGUACAUGCAUUCCCUCCGCCGGGAGUUCUCGGACGAGUCGGUUCUCUGCGACUCCAAGAUCGAGUUGCCGUGGAGGGACAUCGCUUUGCCAGUGGCCGGUAUGAAGAUUCGUCCCGACGUAGGCGCGACGGCUGACCGGGAAAGCGAAGAGGCGGAAGAGGCCGACAUCGACGACGACGAGGCCGGUGUGAUCGAGCAGGAAGCCUCCACGGGCACUAUGAAGCUGCCGUGGCGAGAUCUACUCAUCACCGAGACUAUGAAAGUCGCACGCGUCACGGACGACCCAGAGAUCUGCGACUCCUCCGUGGAGAUCCCAUGGAGCGAUCUACUCCUGGAGAAGCCGAUGAAAAUAAGGCCGCCGAGGAAAGAGGUCUGCGCGCCCGACGACGUUGAGAUCCCUUGGGACAAGAUUCUGGUGCCGCGUAAUAUCGUUAUUGAAUCCGACAAAAAGAAGAAACAUCCUUCCUCCGAGCAGCCACCUCGCGUGCGUGUCGAUGACACACCGUGCGUCCUUUGCAGCGCGAAUCCUUGCUGCGCGACGGCUAACGUCAACAAAACGACUUUCUUGUCUACCUGUAUGUAG